AUGGUAGUGGAGAAGGAGGAUACCCGUCGAAUAUACAACGUUAAACUGCCGGCCCUCAAGUUGCUCACCGGGCGUAAGCUUGAGCGGAGAGUCGGUGGAGAGGGUGGAUCUGAAUAUCUAACGUCAAACAGUCAAACUGACUUCACCGCGGUGGGACUGACUGAAGUUCACAGGAUGAGUCUGAGUGUGGAUGAAGAGGAGGACGGAGCAGAGUUAUCCCAUGAUACAAACAGGGGCUUGUCCAUAAAGGAACCUCCAGGGGGCAGUAAUGAACCAGGACCCUCUGAUCCACAAGAGACGGAGAGGACUCAUGUUCCUGAGGUGGACCCAGCGUCCUGUUCUUUGUGUCAGAAGGUCCAGAGUGAUCCGGUCCGGACCAGCUGCGGACACUGGUUGUGCAGACAGUGCAUCACUUCAUACUGGGACCAGUCUGGUUCAUCAGGAGACUCCUCCUGUCCCCAGUGUGAAGAAACAUCAAGAACAAGAGCUGAGCUGCAGAUCCACAGCUCUGUCCAAAAGGGACAGAGUGAAGACGUUCAUACCCAACAUGAGGUGAGGACGCUGGAGACAGUUUCCAAAAAGAUCAUCCAAGAAAGUCCAAUCAGGUGUCAGGACAUCUUCAAAGCCUUACCCGAGCAGCAGAAACCCAUCAGAGUGGUUCUGACCCACGGCGUGGCUGGAGUUGGAAAAACCUUCUCGGUGCGGAAGUUCACUCUGGACUGGGCCGAGGGUUUAGAAAACCAGGACGUCAGUCUGGUGGUUCCGCUGUCCUUCAGAGAGCUGAACCUGGUCACAGAUGAGCAGUACAGUCUGCUGACGCUGCUCCAUGUUUUCCAUCCAACAUUACAGAAGGUCACAGCAGAGCAGAUCAGCGUCUGCAAACUUCUGUUCAUCUGCGACGGCCUGGAUGAAAGCAGACUGUCACUGGAUUUCCACCACUGUCAGGUUGUUUCAGACGUCACUCAGAAGUCAUCAGUCAACGUCCUGUUGACCAACCUCAUCAAGGGGAACCUGCUUCCAUCAGCUCUGAUCUGGAUAACAUCUAGACCUGCAAACAAAAUGAUCUCACACAUCAAGACAUCCAGGAGCCUUCACAUCAUGUGUCAAAUCCCAGUCUUCUGCUGGAUCAGUUCUAUAGUUCUGGAGCACAUGUUGACUUCAGACCAGAGAGAAGAGCUGCCUAAGACCCUGACAGACCUGUACUCACACUUCAUCAUGGUCCAGACAAAGAGGAAGAAGAAGUGCAAAAAAGGACAUGAAACAAGUCUAGAAGAGCCUACAAAGGCAGACAUGGAAGUCCUUCUGAAGUUGGGGAGGCUGGCAUUUGAACAACUGGAGAAAAGAAACAUGAUGUUCUACCAAGAAGACCUGGAUCAGUGUGGUCUGGACGUCACAGAGGCCUUGGUGUACUCAGGAGUUUGUACAGAGAUCUUCAAAACAGAGACUGUGAUCUUCCAGAAAACAAUCUACAGCUUUGUUCACCUGAGUGUUCAGGAGUUUCUGGCUGCAGUCUACAUCUACCACUGUUACACCAGCAACAACACAGAGGUUCUGAAGCAUUUCACAGUCAGUGAGAGCCUGGAUGUUUUCCUCAGAAAAGUCAUGAAAAAAUCCCUUCAGAGUGAGAACGGACACCUGGAUCUGUUUGUUCGUUUUCUUCAUGGCCUCUGUCUGGAGUCCUACCACAGACUUUUAGGAAGUCUGCUGGGUCCAAAAGAGAACAGUCCAGAGAGCAUCCAUAAAGUCAUCAUGAACCUGAAGCAGAUGAACACUACGGACAUCUGUCCUGACAGAAGCAUCAACAUCUUCCACUGUCUGACGGAGAUGAAGGACCAAACAGUCCAUCAGGAGAUCCAAGAGUUCCUCAAGUCAGAGAACAGAUCACAGAAGGAACUGUCUGAGAUCCAGUGUUCAGCUCUGGCCUACAUGUUGGAGAUGUCAGAGGAGGUUCUGGAUGAACUGAACCUGCAGAAGUACAACACAUCAUAUGAAGGAAGACACAGACUGAUCCCAGCUGUGAGGAACUGCAGAGAGGCCAUACUUUAUGAAUGUGGACUCUCACAGACUCACUGUGAAGUUGUGGCCUCAGCUCUGAAGUCUAAUCCUUCACAUCUGAGACUUUUGGAUCUGAGUGUCAACAACCUACAGGAUUCAGGAGUGAAAGUGGCGUCUGGACUGGAGAGUCCAAACUGCAGACUGGAAACUCUGAGGUUGUAUGACUGCAGUUUAUCACAGAUCAGCUGUUCUUCUGUGGCCUCAGCUCUGAAGUCCAAUCCUUCACAUCUGAUAGAACUGAGUUUGAGUGAAAACAACCUCCAGGAUUCAUCAGUGAAGGAGCUGUGUGAUUUCCUGCAGAGUCCACAUUGUAAACUACAGGAUCUGAGGUUGGAUUAUUGCAGGUUAUCAGAGAUCAGCUGUUCUUCUGUGGCCUCAGCUCUGAAGUCCAAUCCUUCACAUCUGAUAAAAUUGGAUCUGAGUUUAAACGAGCUGAAGGAUUCAUCAGUGAAGGAGCUGUGUGAUUUCCUGCAGAGUCCACACUGUAAACUACAGGAUCUGAGGUUGAUUAACUGCAGUUUAUCACAGAUCAGCUGUUCUUCUGUGGCCUCAGCUCUGAAGUCCAAUCCUUCACAUCUGAUAAAACUGGAUCUGGGUGGAAACGACCUCCAGGAUUCAUCAGUGAAGGAGCUGUGUGAUUUCCUGCAGCGUUCACAUUGUAAACUACAGGAUCUGUGGUUGUAUGACUGCAGUUUGUCCAAAAUCAGCUGUUCUUAUCUGGCGGCAGCUCUGAAGUCCAAUCCCUCACAUCUGAUAAAACUCAACUUAUGUCAGAACAACCUGAAGGAUUCAGAUGUUAAAGAACUGAAGGACCUUGUUCAGAGUCCACACUGUAAACUGGAGAGACUGGAAUGGUGGUUGUGAUCUGUGGAACAGGCACUGUGAUCAGGACUGUGUGAGGAUCAGCUGAGUCCAGAUGAUCGACAGAUGUGAAAGCAGCAGCACAUCCUCACUUCUUCUCCUCCACUCCUCACUUCUUCUCCUCCACUCCUCACCCCUCCCUCUGAUGAUGUCACAGAAGGUGAGGCAGACUUCCUGUAGCUCCGCCUCCUCGGUCCAUCAUGUGACUUUAAAGGCAGUGAAACAUCCUUCCAGAUGAUUCUCUGAGAUGGAUUCAUGAGGAACCACGAAGCACCGAGGAGUGGAGGAGCUGAAAAAGAAGGAACUGACCAGAGGUUUUUCAUUGGAUGUACAGUCAAUGAACCAGUGUGUUCUGUGGAUGUCACUGAGUUAUUUUGUGCUGCCACCCUGUGGACUAAUGGAGAACUACACUUUAUACCUGAAAACUGGACCUGUGAUCAGGCAAGGGACUAUUUUUGGUCAUUUCAGAAUACAUUACAUGACAGUGACAUCAGCAGUUCCAGAGAGGACAGUGAGUCCACAAUCUGAGGUCCAAUGUGGUCUCCAGGGUCUGUCAGGUCCAAUGUGGUCUCCAGGGUCUGUCAGAUCCAAUGUGGUCUCCAGGGUCUGUCAGGUCCAAUGUGGUCUCCA